GACUAGUGUUUCAGUCAGUGUUAGCUGAGCUCCACGAAAGUAGGGACUGUUUUUUUUUUAAUCAUCAUCAUAAUCAUCAUUAUUCUGACGUCGCGUAUCAACGACGACGCGGAUACUGGAUGAUUAAAGGAUAUCCUGUGUUUGUAGUUAAAAGAAGAAAAAAAAGGCCGGGAGUGUUUUUAAUAUUUAAAUUUUAUUGAUCGUUCAAAAUUCGAUCAUUUUCUCAAAAAAAAAAAAAAAAAAAUUCUUUGAAAACAAACAAGAAUAAAAAUUAAAAAAAAAAAAAAAGUGUACUUAUCCGGAUUGUUUAUAGAAGUAUAAAAACCCUGUUAUAGGAAUUUGGGUGUGGGACAAAGUGAUUUGGGAGAGUGUACAGGGAAGAAUCCGGGCAACAUGGCCACCGCCAUUGACGACCGGCAAGAAUUGUUGGAGCAAUUUCAAACGAUAGAUGAAAAUGGUGAUGGAUUCAUUGACUUGGCAGAAUUGCGAAAUGCAUUAGACGUCUGUGGUUUUAAAAUGCCAGGCUAUAAGGUUCGUCAAAUGAUUGAAGAGUACGAUGAUAAACAAAGAGUAGAGCACAAAGGUCGUCUUUCAUUUGAGGAAUUUGAGAAAUUAUGCAAAGAACUCAAGGCAAAUGAACUUGGUUCAACAUUUAAGCAAGUUGUUUCAAAAAAGGAAAAUCUUGAAACUUUAGGUGGUAUUUCCGAAGCGUCAAGUGAAGGUACAACACAUUCCGUACGACUUGAGGAACAACUUGCUUUUAGUGAUUGGAUUAAUACAAAUUUGGCACACGAUCCCGAUUUAAAACAUCUUCUUCCAAUUGAUGGCGAGGGUAAAGCACUUUACGAUAAAGUCAAGGAUGGUAUACUCCUAUGUAAAAUCAUUAAUCACUCAUGUCCGGACACAAUUGAUGAGCGCACAAUCAACAAAAAGAACAUGACCCUCUACAAGAAACAUGAAAAUUUAACACUAGCCCUAUCAUCAGCACAAGCAAUUGGUUGCAAUAUUGUUAAUAUUGAUGCACACGAUCUCACCAAAGGUUCACCACAUUUGGUUCUUGGUCUUCUUUGGCAAAUCAUUAGAAUUGGUCUUUUUAAUCAAAUUACUUUAGAAAAUUGUCCUGGUCUCGCUACAUUACUUCAGGAAGGUGAACGAAUUGAGGAUCUAUUGAAACUAUCACCUGAAAUGAUUCUAUUACGUUGGGUUAAUCAUCAUUUGGAAAAUGCUGGCAUUGCAAGAAGAUGUACUAAUUUUAUGUCAGAUAUUACCGAUUCAGAAAUAUAUUCCCAUUUAAUAAAACAAAUAGCGCCAAAUUCAGCUGAAGUAACACUAGAAGCACUAAUGGAAUCAAAUCAUAUGACAAGAGCCGAGAUAAUGCUUCAACAAGCUGGAAAAUUGGGUUGUCGUAGUUUUGUCACACCAAGUGAUGUUGUUAAUGGAAUUUAUAAAUUAAAUCUUGCCUUUGUAGCAAAUAUGUUUAAUAAUUAUCCAUGUUUAGAUAAACCCGAAACGAAUAUUGAGGGUCUUGAAGCAUUGGAAGAGACACGAGAGGAAAAGACUUAUCGUAAUUGGAUGAAUUCAUUGGGUGUUUCGCCACAUGUUAAUUGGCUUUAUUCUGAUCUUGCCGAUGGAUUAGUUAUUUUUCAGCUUUAUGAUAUUAUUAAACCAGGUUCAGUUAAAUGGAACAAGGUUCAUAGGAAAUUUACAAAGCUUAGGAAAUUUAUGGAAAAAUUGGAAAAUUGUAAUUAUGCAGUAGAACUUGGUAAAAAGAUGAAUUAUUCUUUAGUUGGUAUUGCUGGUCAGGAUAUUAAUGAUGGUAAUGCAACUUUAACAUUGGCUUUAAUCUGGCAGUUAAUGAGAUCUUAUACAUUGUCAUUAUUGACCUCUCUUGGUGGAACACAAAAUAAUACAAGUGUAGAAAAAGAAAUUGUACAAUGGGUUAAUUCAAAAUUACAAACUGCUGGUAAAACAAGUAGUAUUAAGGGAUUUCAGGAUUAUGCAAUAGCUGAUGGAAAAGUUUUACUCGAUCUUAUUGAUGCAAUUAAACCAGGAACUGUAAAUUAUGAUCUUGUCAAAGAAGGAGGAAAAGAUGAGGAAAACUUGGAUAAUGCAAAGUAUGCGAUAUCCUUGGCUCGAAAAUGUGGGGCAAGAGUCUAUGCAUUGCCUGAAGACAUUACUGAAGUGAAACAAAAGAUGGUGAUGACAGUAUUUGCCUGUCUAAUGGCUAUGGACUACAUUCCAAAUAUGGAUUCAAAAUCGAACAACGUUAAUAAUGUUCAAUAAUGAAAUAUUGCUUCUGGUUUUUUUCUCUACACUCUCUUUUUAUUAUUCUAUCAUGUGUAUACAAAAUUAUAUUCUCUUCGCCGAACGUUUUUGUUUUAAACGUUAUAAUCUACAUAUGUAAAUAUUUUAGAUUAAGGUAGCUGAUUUACAAAUUUAAUGGAAAGAUUCUCAAAAAAAGAGUCAUGAAAAAAACUGCAAUUUUUGACCAUUACGUGCAAUAUCUAAUAAUCACAACUUGAAAAGUUGGAAAAAUGAAUUAAACAGAAAAUAUAAAUAAUUGCACGUUCUUGUCAGGAAAAUUAACAACAAAGUUGUAUUUGUUAUUUUACAAGGGGGGUUUUUUUUUUGUUUUCAAAAACUUUUUAAUAUCGGUCUAUUAUUGUACUAUUAAAAUAGUAUUCAAAAUACAAAAAUAUAAAAUAUUACGUAAGUAUCGGAAAACUUGCGUAGUUUUUUUUCUUCUACGCAUUUAUCAUUUAUUUAAUGAUAUUUGUUUUGUGAAUUAACUUUAUGGUAAUCUAUAACUCGAUUCGAGUUGAAAAUUUUGCGCCUAAUAUAUAUAUAUACUAAGAUAAAAAAUAAACAAAUAAAUUUGUUUAUACACAGUCAUAAAUUAAAUAAAUAAGAGUAUAAUAUGCAAUAAAGUAUUUGGUAACUAUAUAUAUUAUAAUCAAUCAAAUUUUUGAAUAAUUCGUCAAAAAAAUCAAUUCAUAUAAAAUCGAUACAUUCUCCUUUUUACAAGAGAAUAAUCGAUUUUCAUUUUUAUACGGGAUAUAUUUUUCAGCGAAUAUUGUGUAUUUAUAAAAUAUAUAGUAAUUAUAUUUGCGAAUAAAUUAUCUACAACUAUUUAAUAUCAAUUUACGCACGUAAUUUUAUAUAUGUCAUAUUUCGAUUUUUGAGAGAAAGAAAAACUGUCUCUUUUUUUUUUUUUUUUUAUUUCUCAACAAAAUUAUAUAAUAAUGUGAGAAUUAAAAAUGCAACGAUAAUAUGGCUGAAAUUCUAUUGAAUAGACGCACAUCAGUAAUUAAUAUUAAUAAUAAUAAUAGUGUGCCAUUAUCAAUUGUUGGGACUGCAUUAAGCAUUUCAGUGAAUGAAUCUAUUUUUUUUUUGUUAGUUUAUUGAAACAUACGUACUUACGUAAUUUUGUGAUUUGUUUUUAGUUAAAAUUAUUGGAAAAAAAAGACAUUAGAAUUUUUUAGAAGAUAAUAAAUAAAGUUUAAAGAAAAAUUAAUAACGGACCAAAUAAUUUUCUCAUUUUUUUUUGAAAAUUGGGCUUAAAAAUACAAAGAAAAAAGAAAGUAGACAUAAGAAAAUAAAUCAUUGAAAAAUGAUUUUAUUGUAAAAGAAAAGAAAAUUUUCUUAUAAUGGACAAGGACUUUACAAAGCCAUGUCGAUAAGAUAAUAAAACGUUAUAUAUAAAAAAAAAAACUAGUUUAUAUUUAGUACAUUUGCCAAGCAAUUGUUUCUGUAACGAUAAUUUUAAUGUAUCGUUAUUCGGUAUUAUAAAAUCAGCUUCUACGAAGGCUUUAUAUUUUAAACUUUUUUUUUUCUCUAUUCAUUUGCUAUUGCAAAUUUAAAAAAAAAAAAUUAUUUUUUCGUUAUAUAUAGAUGAAAUUUUUUUUUUUUAAGUGCUAAUUAUUGGAAAUAUUAUUAUAAACGCGCUUGAAAUACGAUAUGUAGAAUGUGUGAGUGUAAAUAGAAUUUGUAUUUAUGCAAUAAUUUUUUUUUUUUUUUUCUAUAGGAAAAUCGAGACAUAAAGUGCAAUCAUUUAUCAAGAGUAAUUUCUAAUUUUUUUGAAGAAAUUCAAAUAUAAUUGAUUUAUGUCCAUAUAGCCGGAAAAUUAACUUCUCGAAAAUAUAUGAAAUAUUUAAUCAAAAUUUAUAGUAGUAAUAAAAUUUUAUUACUAUAAAUAUUUACGCAAAAAAAAAUAAUAAUAAUCGAGAAGUAAAUAUUAUGGGCUAUUUUAAUUAAAUAGCAUUUUAAGUAAAAAUUGUACCAUUUUGUUUAAAUAAAAGAAUGGGUCAUGA